CCUCUCAAUAUCAAAUCCUUUGCGAUUUCUCUCUGUCAUUCUAGGGUUCUCUUCUCUCUCUCUCUCAAAAUCUCAAUCUCUCGACAGUACAAAUGGCGAUGAAUCUGACGGAAGGAGCGAUAAUGAAGAUGUGCAGAGGGGAACUGAAGGCGGAGGAUGAAGGGGUGAAGCCAAUACUACAAGUGAUAGAAGUGAUGCAAGUGGUGACCAAAGCCCAACAACAGCCCACCAACAGUAGCAGUACUGAGCGGUAUAGGGUUGUUCUCUCCGACGGGACCCACCAGCAACAGGGCAUGUUAGCCACUCAGAAAAACCAUUUCGUCAAGGAUGGCAAGUUGCAGAAAGGCUCCAUUGUUCGCUUGACCCACUUCGUCUGUAACGAAGUCCAAAGACGCAUGAUUAUUAUCAUUGUUGAUUUGGAUUUGAUAAUUGAGAAAAGUGAUCUCAUUGGAGAACCUGUACCAGUGGCAAAACCUGUGGUUGUACAAUCCCCAGCUGGCCAACCAGGGACAGGAACUGGGAAUCCCCAAUCAUUUCCUGGAACUUCACCUGUUGGUGGUCUGGUUAAUAAACCCAAUGCAGCUGGAGCAUCUAUGGAGCCUCCUAGAAUAAAUCAAUCAUAUGGCAGUGCUUAUUCUCAUAAUUCUGACUCAGGUAGAUAUGCUGCACCAAAUGUGCCUGCUGCUUACCCUAAGAUAGAGUCUAGUGCUGGAUAUCCUGGAUCAGUGUCGUUAGGUGGUUCAUAUGGUGAGCAGAGUUUCCGCAACCCUAGAUCAGAAGCUUCGCGGCCACCUCUAAAUUCCUCUGCCCGCCAACCUCAACCUGUGUAUCAACAACCAUCUUCAAUGUACACUAACAGAGGACCAAUAGCUAGAAAUGAAGCUCCCCCUAGGAUAAUUCCCAUUGCUGCUCUGAAUCCAUACCAGGGUAGGUGGACAAUUAAGGCUAGAGUUACAGCAAAAGGAGAACUUAAGCACUACAAUAACCCCCGCGGUGAUGGUAAAGUAUUCAGUUUUGAUCUUCUUGAUUCUGACGGUGGAGAAAUUCGGGUAACUUGCUUUAAUGCUGUGGCUGAUCAAUUCUUCAACCAGAUUGAAGUUGGAAAGGUUUAUCUGAUUUCCAAGGGAAGCUUAAGACCUGCUCAAAAAGCUUAUAACCACCUCCCAAAUGACCAGGAAAUUUUCUUAGAGAGCACGUCAAUGGUACAGCCUUGCUCUGACGAUGACAGCUCAAUUCCACAGCAGCAGUUUCACUUCCGUCAUAUAAGUGAUAUUGAAGGCAUGGACAACAACAGCAUUAUGGACAUUAUUGGUAUUGUAACUUUUAUCGGUCCCCCUGCUUCAAUAAUGAGAAAAAAUGGUACUGAAACUCAGCGGAGAAUCCUACACUUGAAGGAUAUGUCUGGCCGAAGUGUUGAAUUAACUCUGUGGGGAAACUUUUGCAAUGCAGAAGGACAGAGUCUGCAAAAUAUGUGUGAUUCAGGGCUUUUCCCUGUUCUAGCUGUGAAAGCAGGUAGAGUAAAUGACUUCAAUGGGAAGUCAUUGGGUACUAUCUCUUCCAGUCAACUAUUUAUUGAGCCAAAUUAUCCAGAAGCUCACAGCCUGAGAAGAUGGUUUGAUGAGGAAGGAAGGAACAUCCCAUCUGUCUCAAUUUCCAGGGAAGUUAGUGUGGGUAGGACAGAUAUUCGAAAGACUAUAUCGCAAAUUAAGGACGAGAGGCUAGGAACAUCCGAGAAGCCAGAUUGGAUCACUGUCAGUGCAACCAUUGCAUUCAUAAAGGUUGACAGUUUCUGCUACACAGCGUGUCCUAUCAUGAUUGGUGAUCGACAAUGCAACAAAAAGGUUUCAAAUAAUGGGGAUGGGAAAUGGCGGUGUGAUAGGUGUGAUCAGUCAGUUGAGGAAUGUGACUACAGGUAUAUACUCCAGUGCCAGAUACAAGACCAUACUGGCAUAACAUGGGUAACCGUAUUUCAGGAAUGUGGUGAGGAGAUCAUGGGUAUUCCUGCAAAACAAUUGUAUUUUCUGAAGUAUGAAGAGCAAGAUGAUGAUAAAUUUGGAGAAAUCCUUCGUAAGGUUCUUUUUACUAAAUAUAUAUUCAAGUUGAAAGUAAAGGAGGAGACAUUUAGUGAUGAACAACGUGUAAAGUCAACAGUGGUCAAGGCAGAUAAGGUGAAUUUUUCAUCUGAAUCCAGAUUUCUUUUGGAUUUGAUGGAAAAGCUGAAAGCAGGGAAUUAUAGUUCUAUUGCUUCAAAGGCUGAAAGUAUCACUCCUAACCCUGGAUUGAAUAAUACUUCAGUUGGGAAUAUUGGAUAUAGGCAACCAACGCCACCAGUGGUGAACUAUACUGGGAACAGUAUCAAUUCUGGUAAAGAGUUUAGUGCACCAUUACAUCAAGUUGGUCAGUAUGGAAAUCAGUAUAAUAGUUAUGCCAUGGCUGCAACUGGCACUCCUGGUUCAUAUCUACAAUGUAACAGUUGUGGGGGUGCUGGUCAUAGCUCUGCAAAUUGUCCUAGUAUUAUGAAUGGUCCUGGACAGUCCAUGGGAGGGGGCUAUGCUAGUAGAGUUUCUUCUGGGCCAAGUGUUGGUGGAAGCUCUGGUGAAUGCUUUAAAUGCCAUCAACCUGGGCAUUGGGCAAGAGAUUGUCCGGGGUUGAGCACUGUUCCUCCAGCUUAUGGCAGCAGUGGCGUUACGCCUGGGAGAUAUGGGGGUGUUUCAAAGCAACAAUUUGGUGGCUAUUGAAGUUAGCUGGAAAAUUGAGAUAAUAGACGUUUGUACAGAAUGGUGCAUGUUCUCAUAUGAUGUUUGAUAGCAGACUUAGCAAUUUUGAUGCUCUCUUGGGAUUUGGACUGAUGAGUUGUUUUCCUUACAGAAAAGAGCUGCAACCAUGGUUGCUAUCUUAGGUGUCCAUUGGAACCGAGAAAUUUUAGGUCACAUUGUAAGCAUAAGUAUGGGUUCCACCAUUAAGGUUGUAUUUUUUGGUGGUGAAAACCAGCGGGCAAGGUAUGGGAUGCAUUUUUCUUUCUCGUGUAAUAUAUUUUAUUUGUGGGUUUCUAAGUACUUAAAAAGACUUAAAUUUGAAAA